AUGGACAACAUGACAGCCUUAACGUUUACAAUGACUGCAUACACUGCCAUGGAAAACUACAAACACGGGCUAUUUGCUGUUUUCCUCCUUAUCUAUUUCAUUAUUCUCAUUUUGAAUUCCCUGCUUAUUACUCUCAUACACCAAAACAAAGAGUUGCAUCAACCUAUGAAUAUGUUCACAUGCAUGUUAUCCAUCAAUGAACUAUAUGGCAGUACUGCAUUGUUACCUGCGAUCAUGGCUGUGCUCAUGUCUGAGACUCAUGAAAUAAUUGUGAAAUGGUGUAUGGCUCAAGUUUAUUUCCUCCACACAUAUGCAACUGCUGAGUUUUGUAUUUUAGCCGUGAUGGGAUACGACAGAUAUGCUGCCAUCUGUUUCCCCCUACAUUACCACAGCAUCAUGUCUAAUUCAAAGAUAAGCAAGCUUGUUGCAUUAGCAAGUCUGUACCCACUCAUUGUGUUUGGAUGUUUUUACUCACUAACCCUGCAGCUGAGCUUCUGUGGAAAAGUCAUGCCAAAACUAUACUGCGUGAACAUGGAGCUGGUCAAAAAUGCAUGUUCAAAUAGUAACACAUCUUACAUAAGUUCGGUGGGACUUGUACUACUUCCGGUUUUAAUUAUGCCUCAGGUACUGAUGAUUGUUUUCUCUUAUGUACAAAUUUCAAGAGAAUGUAGGAAAUUAGCAAGAGAGUCCCAGAUAAAUGCUCUUAAAACAUGUAUUCCACAUUUAUUAUCUUUGCUAAAUUACACCAUUGGCUGCCUUUUUGAAAUCAUCCAAAGUAGAUUUAAGAUGAGUCAUGUUUCUGUUGAGGCACGGAUCUUCCUGUCUUUAUACUUUAUCUUCAUUCCACCAAUUGCAAACCCAGUGCUGUAUGGACUCGGUACUCAAAUAGUAAGAGUUCAUAUACUAAAACUGUUUAUUAGGUACAAGAUUAUGUCAACAAAUUUAGUAAAGGCAAUGAUUGUAGCUUAA